AUGGGCGUGAAAGGCUCUUCGGAAUUCGCCAAGACGACGAUCCUCUUUCCAGACUUCCAGGACAAGAAGUUUGUGCAAGGACAGUUUGUCGAUGCUCUUUGCGGAUUUUCUAACCUCGGGGACAAGUCGUUCAACAUCACCAACCUCAAGGGGUACCUCAUCUCUCCCUACGACUACAGCAUGUACAUCCAGAACUUCAGCGAGGUCCCUGCAUACACUGAGGUGAAGAAGGGAGAAGAAGGAACCCUCAUGUACCGCUUCCUCCCCGACCCUGCCUUGGAGCCCCGUGAGUAUAUGCUCACCCUGACCGUGGACUACAUCGAUGCGGACAAAGAGGAGUACCAGACUGCCUUCUUCAACAGCACCAUCGAGAUCGUUGAGUCGCAGAGUGCGCUGGACUCGCGCGUCCUGUUCGGUCGCUUCCUGACCGUCUGCUUCUUGGGCAUCCUUGGCCUCGUUGGGAACGCUGCUUACAGCAGGUUCAUGCCGAAGAGGAGGAAGACGGUAGACACUUCGGCGAGGAGCAAGGAAUCGUCCCAGAACGAGUGGCUUCAGGGAACUUUUGUGGGUGGACAGAAGAGCUCGAGCGGAAACAAGAAGAAAUCCAAGUAG